GACAGAUAAAGCUUUAUUUUGGAGGUAUUUAUUCACCGCUGGGAUUUUUAUUUUUUUUUGCUAUGCCAAAAUAUAACUUAUAGUGGGAUUGCAGCGGGCAUUCUGACACUGGGGGGAACUGACUUGGUGUCACUGACAACCCCAGUGACACCAAUACAGUGAUCAGUGCUAAUAAAAAGCACUGACACUGUAUUAAUGGCACUGGGUAGGAAGGGGUUAACAUCUGGGGCGAUCAAAGGGUUAACUGUGUGCUGUUUCACUGUCUGCUGUGUCUGUGCUUUACACUGCAAGCACACAGCUUUGUAUGGCUGUGCUAUUCACAGCCACACAAAGCAGUGUGCAGGAGCUGAC